GCGGCAGAUGUUAGCUCAGGGCUAAAUCUUCCUCUCACACACACAAAAAGAUAAUCCUUCUAAGCAGAAUUUAGCCAUUGUAUAGUCUUUGGCUACAGAUUACAAAAAAAAAAUAGAAAAACCCAAUUAACUCAUGAUGUUUGAAAAAAAUGUAGAAAUUCGAUUAGGCUUAAUUGUAAAGUUAGUUUAUUCCUUGUGAUGCAAUUUCAGAGAGGCAGCAUAAGAAAUGAAAAGCCUAACCUUGGAUGAACUUGGUUCAAAUACCAGCUCUACUGUGUGUGAACGGGACGAUGGUAGUCAGGACACUUAGCACUGCUACAUACAGUCUAGUUCCUGGCCUGUGAAGCGGGGGUGGGGGAUUUGACAUAGUACUUACCAUAGUGUCUGGUUUGUGCUAAGUUCUGUAAGUGAUCACUUACUGGUCAUAUUCCUUAGACUUUAGGAAUUUCUCUCUUUGUGCUGUAUGUGAGGCAAAGAGUUAGAGAAUCAGAAUGUUAUAAAUGGAAGGAAUCUCAGAGGUGAUUUGCUACAAGACGUUAAUUUCUAGAUGAUACUAGGUGACAGAAUUGGAGAAUGAAGCAGCCUUGACCUUGGAAUGUUAAGAUCAGUGCUACUUUUCUGGAAAUGGGUACCAUUCAUAUCGCUAGACUUUGGGAACGUGAAUUACUCUUUUCCUUGACUGUUUUAAGUUUGUGGCUUAAUUUGAGUGUUGUGAUUUAUUCUAUUAAAGUGAGAUUGCACCCCUUUUAUUCCAUAGUAACUAAUGUUUCUGAGGACUGUAACAUUUCACUUUAUUAAUGUUUUUAUCAUUUCCUAAGGGGCCUAAUCUUUUCCUAUGGAACAGGCCUUAGGCUUUAUUAUGCCUGUAAUUAAAUUCAGUUGGAAAUAGCAUCCGAGUUACUGGAAAUUACUGGACAGCCGACCUCAGGGUACUGCAUUGUUUCAGAGGGAAGGGGAUUGGCAGAGAAAGGCACUUGCUACGUAGAUCCCGACAGUGGCACUUUUUAGAAGUGAAAGUGCUUUGAGUGAUUUAACUUAUUUUCAAGCGUUUUUCUGCAGUUGUAAAUACAGUACCUAUUUUUGGAGGCAAGGGAAAAAUACGGGAGGUGACUUGAUAUCAGUCAAAUAUAUCAGUUAAAUGAGGAGUAGAUUCUAUAUUUUGUUCCUGAGUAGCUUUAUGUAACAGAGUGAUUGGUUACUUUUGGAGUAAAGCUUAUUAUAUUUAGUAUUAGUUAUUUCUUCCAAUAGGCUGUUUUUAUUUUUACUUCAUUUAUUUGAUUUUGAUCACGUUCAUUCUUUCCUCGUCCCUGCCUCCCACGACCUAUACCUGUUCUUGGCCUCUGAGCCAGCAAAAUGCAGAAAGAGCCAUACAUAGGUAGCCUUUAUACUUACUGUUAGAUGAGCCCUCCUCACAGAUAGCUGGUGCUGUAUUGGAAUGGAAUUAUAAGAUAUUUUAAAUUUGAAAGUAGUCUUUAGCUUGCUUGACCUGUUGAAUUUAAUAAGCAUAAUAUUUAAUCUUUUCAGAGGUCGAAACAGUAACAAAGGCCUGCCUCAGUCUAUGAUUUCUUUUGAUGGAAUCUAUGCAAAUAUGAGGAUGGUUCAUAUACUUACAUCAGUUGUUGGAUCCAAAUGUGAAGUACAAGUGAAAAACGGAGGUAUAUAUGAAGGAGUUUUUAAAACAUACAGUCCUAAGUGUGAUUUAGUACUUGACGCUGCACAUGAGAAAAGUACAGAAUCCAGUUCGGGGCCAAAACGUGAAGAAAUAAUGGAGAGUAUUUUGUUCAAGUGUUCAGACUUUGUUGUGGUACAAUUUAAAGAUAUGGACUCCAGUUAUGCAAGAAGAGAUGCUUUUACUGACUCUGCUAUCAGUGCUAAAGUGAAUGGUGAACACAAGGAGAAGGACCUGGAGCCCUGGGAUGCCGGGGAACUCACCACCAGUGAGGAACUGGAGGCUUUGGAAAAUGAUGUCUCUAAUGGAUGGGAUCCCAAUGAUAUGUUUCGGUAUAAUGAAGAAAAUUAUGGUGUAGUGUCUACAUAUGAUAGCAGUUUAUCAUCAUAUACGGUGCCCUUAGAAAGAGAUAACUCAGAAGAAUUUUUAAAACGAGAAGCAAGGGCAAACCAGUUAGCAGAAGAAAUUGAAUCAAGUGCCCAGUACAAAGCCCGAGUGGCCCUGGAAAAUGAUGAUAGGAGUGAAGAAGAAAAAUACACUGCAGUUCAGAGAAAUUCCAGUGAACGUGAGGGCCACAGCAUAAACACUAGGGAAAAUAAAUAUAUUCCUCCUGGACAAAGAAAUAGAGAAGUCAUAUCCUGGGGAAGUGGGAGACAGAAUUCACCGCGUAUGGGCCAGCCUGGAUCGGGCUCCAUGCCAUCAAGAUCCACCUCUCACACUUCAGAUUUCAACCCGAAUUCUGGUUCAGACCAAAGAGUAGUUAACGGAGGUGUUCCCUGGCCAUCGCCUUGCCCAUCUCCUUCCUCUCGCCCACCUUCUCGCUACCAGUCAGGUCCCAACUCUCUUCCACCUCGGGCAGCCACCCCUACACGGCCGCCCUCCAGGCCCCCCUCGCGGCCAUCCAGACCCCCGUCUCACCCCUCUGCUCAUGGUUCUCCAGCUCCUGUCUCUACUAUGCCUAAACGCAUGUCUUCAGAAGGGCCUCCAAGAAUGUCCCCAAAGGCCCAGCGGCACCCUCGAAAUCACAGAGUUUCUGCUGGGAGGGGUUCCAUUUCCAGUGGCCUAGAAUUUGUAUCCCAUACCCCACCAAGUGAAGCAGCUGCUCCUCCAGCAGCAAGGACCAGUCCUGCGGGGGGCACGUGGUCAUCAGUGGUCAGUGGGGUUCCAAGAUUAUCCCCUAAAACUCACAGACCCAGGUCUCCUAGACAGAACAGUAUUGGAAAUACUCCUACUGGGCCAGUUCUUGCUUCUCCCCAAGCUGGUAUUAUUCCAGCUGAAGCUGUUGCUAUGCCUGUUCCAGCUUCGUCUCCUACGCCUGCCAGUCCUGCAUCCAACAGAGCUGUUACCCCAUCUAUUGAGGCUAAGGAUUCCAGACUUCAAGAUCAGAGGCAGAACUCUCCUGCAGGGAAUAAAGAAAAUAUGAAGCCCAAUGAGACAUCACCUGGCUUCUCAAAAGCUGAAAAUAAAGGUAUAUCACCAAUUGUUUCUGAACAUAGAAAACAGAUUGAUGAUUUAAAGAAAUUUAAGAAUGAUUUUAGGUUACAGCCAAGUUCUACUUCUGAAUCUAUGGAUCAACUGCUAAACAAAAAUAGAGAGGGAGAAAAAUCAAGAGAUUUGAUCAAAGACAAAAUUGAACCAAAUGCUAAGGAUUCUUUCAUUGAAAAUAGCAGCAGCAACUGCACCAGUGGCAGCAGCAAGCCCAGCAGCCCCAGCAUUUCCCCUUCAAUCCUCAGUAACACGGAGCACAAGAGGGGACCUGAGGUCACAUCCCAAGGAGUUCAGACUUCCAGCCCAGGAUGUAAACAAGAGAAAGAUGAUAAAGAGGAGAAGAAAGACGCAGCCGAGCAAGUGAGGAAAUCAACACUGAAUCCCAAUGCAAAGGAGUUCAACCCUCGUUCCUUUUCUCAGCCAAAGCCUUCUACCACCCCAACUUCACCUCGUCCUCAAGCACAACCCAGCCCAUCUAUGGUGGGUCAUCAGCAGCCAACUCCAGUUUAUACUCAACCUGUUUGUUUUGCACCAAAUAUGAUGUAUCCAGUCCCAGUGAGCCCAGGCGUGCAACCUUUAUACCCUAUACCUAUGACGCCCAUGCCAGUGAAUCAAGCCAAGACAUAUAGAGCAGGUAAAGUACCAAAUAUGCCCCAACAGCGGCAAGACCAGCAUCAUCAGAGCGCCAUGAUGCACCCAGCCUCAGCAGCAGGCCCCCCAAUUGUGGCCACCCCCCCAGCUUAUUCCACACAGUACGUUGCCUACAGUCCUCAGCAGUUUCCAAAUCAGCCUCUUGUUCAGCAUGUGCCACAUUACCAGUCUCAGCAUCCUCAUGUCUAUAGUCCUGUAAUACAGGGUAAUGCUAGAAUGAUGGCACCACCAACACACGCCCAGCCUGGUUUAGUAUCUUCCUCCGCGACUCAGUACGGGGCUCACGAGCAGACGCAUGCCAUGUAUGCAUGUCCCAAAUUACCAUACAACAAGGAGACAAGCCCUUCUUUCUACUUUGCCAUUUCCACUGGCUCCCUUGCUCAGCAGUAUGCGCACCCUAAUGCUACCCUACACCCACAUACUCCACAUCCUCAGCCUUCAGCUACCCCCACUGGACAGCAGCAAAGCCAACAUGGUGGAAGCCAUCCUGCACCCAGUCCUGUUCAGUUCUUCCCUGAUGCUUUGCAGCACCAUCAGCACCAGGCCGCCCAGGCUCUCCAUCUGGCCAGUCCACAGCAGCAGUCAGCCAUUUACCACGCGGGGCUCGCGCCAACCCCACCUUCCAUGACACCUGCCUCCAAUACGCAGUCGCCACAAAAUAGUUUCCCAGCAGCACAACAGACCGUCUUUACGAUUCAUCCUUCUCAUGUUCAGCCGGCAUAUACCAAUCCACCCCACAUGGCCCACGUACCUCAGGCUCAUGUACAGUCAGGAAUGGUUCCUUCUCAUCCAACUGCCCAUGCGCCAAUGAUGCUAAUGACGACACAGCCACCCGGCGGUCCCCAGGCCGCCCUCGCUCAAAGUGCACUACAGCCCAUUCCAGUCUCGACAACAGCGCAUUUCCCCUAUAUGACGCACCCUUCAGUACAAGCCCACCACCAACAGCAGUUGUAAGGCUGCCCUGGAGGAACCGAAAGGCCAAAUUCCCUCCUCCCUUCUACUGCUUCUACCAACUGGAAGCACAGAAAACUAGAAUUUCAUUUAUUUUGUUUUUAAAAAAAUAUAUGUUGAUUUCUUGUAACAUCCAAUAGGAAUGCUAACAGUUCACUUGCAGUGGAAGACAUUUGGACCGAGUAGAGGCAUUUAGGAACUUGUGGGCUGUUCCAUAAUUCCAUACGCUGUUUCAGAGUCCCGCAAGUACCCCAGCUCUGCUUGCUGAAACUGGAAGUUAUUUAUUUUUUAAUGACCCUCGAAAGUCAUGAACACAUCAGCUAGCAAAAGAAGUAACAAGAGUGAUUCUUGCUGCUAUUACCGCUUAAAAAAAAAAAUCAAGACUUGGAACGCCCUUUUACUAAACUUGACAAAGUUUCAGUAAAUUCUUACCGUCAAACUGACGGAUUAUUAUUUAUAAAUCAAGUUUGAUGAAGUGAUCACUGUCUACAGUGGUUCAACUUUUAAGUUAAGGGAAAAACUUUUACUUUGUAGAUAAUAUAAAAUAAAAACUUAAAAAAAAUUAAAAAAUAAAAAAAGUUUUAAAAACUGA